CACCAAGGCCGAAGAGCAGCCCGCCAUGCCAGAGGCCAAGAGGGAGGUCACGGCGGCCGCGGCCGCGGCCCCCGUCGCGCCGCCGCCGCCGCCGCCGGCCGCGGCCGCGCCGGUGCCCCCCCAGGCCGAGGAACAGCCCGCCACGCCAGAGGCCAAGAGGGAGGUCGUGGCCCCGAGCGCCAGCGAGGCCGCCCCUGACGCGGCCGAGGUCGCGGUCGCGCCGGCGCCGCCGGCAGCCGAGGCGCGCAGCAGCGUGCCGUCUGCGGCCUCCGCAGAGGCCAAGACGGCCCUGCCGAGCACCACCAGUGGGACCCCGCACCCCGCCGCGGCGGCCGCGCCGCCGCCGGGGCUGCUGGUCCACAGCGGCGUGGCGCCCUCGGGGGCCGCUGCGCGCUGGCUGCUGGCCGGGGGGCUGCUGUGGCUGCUGUGAGCGGCACGCCGCGCUGGCCAGCGCUCCUCCCUUGGCUCAGGGGGUUCCCCCUCACUGCUGCCCUUUCUCCGAGACCUCAAUAUCGAAUCGGCGCGCUUCCAUUUACAAGGACGUUGCGCUGUAGGCGGCGACAGUUGUAACACAGCGGACUGACCGGCCGGUCCCCUUCGAUGCACAGCCGCCUCCUCCGCUUUCUCAUGUGUACUUCGACCACCCUCUGCGGCCCCCUGCGCGCCCGAUGGACCUCUCCAGCUUCCAAACGCCAGAUCCCGCGCCGCUUCAUCUCCCUUGUGCGUCUCCCUGCCCAGCGCGCCCUCUCUGAGCUCACCCCCGCGGCAUCCAGAGACCCUCCACGACGGACUGCUGGCGUGCUGCCUCGCUGGGAUCGGGGUUUCCCUGGCAACAGACGGGCGACAGGCGGGCGGGCCGUGCGGCGUUGGACGGCCAAGUCGUUUUCCUGCCGCCAGAAGGCGGCCGGACAGGAAGAGGAUGUGCCACCGCGGGUAAUGUAGGGUCCGGA